AUGUGCAACGUCAUGACGAUCCCGUCGGUCGCCUGGCUGCGCCGGGCCGUGCGGCGGUGGCGCGCCCGGAGUUCCGCUUCCGCGGCGGUGCCGGCGGGGCACGUGGCGGUGUGCGCCAAGGGCGCACGGUUCGUGGUGCGGCUGGCGCACCUGGGCCACCCGGCGUUCCUGGAGCUGCUCAGGCAGGCCGAGGAGGAGUACGGCUUCCCGGCCGGCGCCUCCGGACCUGUUGCGCUCUCCUGCGACGAGCACCGCCUCCGCGACGUCCUCCGCCGCGUGUCCUCGUCAUCGUCCGACGAGCGUCGCCGCUCCUCCCGCCUCCGCGGCGGUGACCAGCGGCCGCUGCUCAAGGGGUUGGCCGGGGAGAAGGUCUUCUUCUGA